AUGGCGGAGAAUCGACGACAAAAUCUCGAGGGAAGUCUACAGGCCCUCUGGGAAAGGCGAUCUGCAAGCGACAAGCUGCGCAAUACACGCGUUAGCCGCAAGUUCAACGAGCACAACAAGGCUGCGGCUGCCCCCGAGCGCGAAGACGAUGUAUUGACACGUAGCACUGUCCUGGACGCGAUGCUGGACACCGAAGUGUACCCGGAUCCCCAGCGGUUCUCUCGUGCUGAUCGCAGCCGCACAAAGGUUCUGGCCAGGGACGCGGCUAAGCGAGAAGCCAGGCGCGAUGCGCUCAUGGAGCUGUAUAUCAGCGCUUCGAACUUCAUUGUACAAGAAAGCGAGCUGCGCGCCGAGAUUGACAGGCUCUUCACCGAGGACUAUUUCAGAAAGCAGAGCCAAGCUGUCAAUCGCUACGGUGCCACGGAAAACACCUGGGGCAUAUACGGCAAGCCGCCCUCCAUCGCCAACAUGCUGGAGACGUCUACGGGCACAUCAACAAAACUGAUGGAUUACUACGAGUCCGAGUAUGAUCGAUCUGUUAAACGGCAGAAGAAAAUCGCGGAGGACCUGACAGGCGGGAAGAUGGAGUGA